AUGCACGUGACUGCACUGCCAGCUCCAUCCGACUCGAUUGCCACCAUCACAGAAGCGCUGGCAGCCAACCGCGCGCUCGUAGCAGAGCUGCAAUCUCUAGAGCAGUUGCUAGUCCAGGAAGAGUCGAAACUACUCGCCCAAACGCAAUGUAUUCGCCGUCAAAUGGCGCUCCGAAGAGCUCAACGAGCAAUGGACACGCUAUUAUCUGGUACAUUGUCGCACGAGGCGGAACGAAAGGUGGGACGACCGUGGAAGAAGCUGAAGCAAAUAAAGGAGGACGAAGAGGAAGGAGAUCAGGAGGUACUGGAGCUUGGAGAUGCAGAACGAACGGCUCUUUGCCGUCUACCGGAGCCGCCAUGCAAUGCUGACACCAAAUUUCUCCGUGCUCAUAGUCACGAGUCAUUUGUAGCAGGUGUGCCAACAAUUUUCUCGAGUCGAGAGCGGAAAGUCGUUGCUGACUUUGCCGAGGACUUUUACACGACACACACAGCGGACGUGGAGAUUCCGUUGCAAGUGUGGAACGGUAUUCGUGCGUGGCAAGAGGCACGCAAGUCGAGGAAGUUUCCAAUCGAACGCUCGGGCUUUGCGUGCAAGUUGUGGUACGAUUUGCACGAGUCGCCCAAGUUACGGCUCGGUGCGUGGACAAAAGCAGAAGACGCAGCUCUUCGACGACUAGCUACGGGACAAGAAGAUCCGAAACUGGUGAAUAAGUGGCACGAUAUUGCAAAGCGCAUACCGGUGCCUGGAAGACCAGCAGCACACUGUCUUACUCGGUACCAGACCGCACUGAAUGCGGGUAGCACACGGUCAAACUUUACACCGGAGGAAGAUCAGAUACUACGUGAAGCUGUCCCGGUGUUUGGCGAAAAGUGGAACGUGAUUGCGGAUUUACUGGAUGGCCGUGUGUCCGAACAGAUCCGCCAUCGAUGGCAGCUCUCGCUUGCUCCAGGUCUUCGGCGAGGCAAGUUUUCACUGAUCGAAGAUCGAAGACUGCUGCUUGCACUCCGUGCGUACGUGCCGAAAGGCAGUGAGUUCAAUCACGACCAAGUGCCGUGGAAUGAUAUUUGCCAUCAUGUGCCUGGACGAACGCAGCCAGCGCUUCGAGACCGAUACACAAAUUGCAUGAACCCGGACUUGUCGUUCCGUAAAUUCACCAAGCAGGAAGAUGAUAUCAUUCUCGCACGAGUGCGUGAGUGGGGCAUCAAUUCAUCCAGACUCUGGCCCAGACUUGCUGCUGAGCUAAGUGGUCGCACUAAAUCUCAACUGUGUCGACGCUGGAAGCAUUUGGAUCCGGAUGCCUACGAGAAGCGUCGUAGAGCACUACUAGAUGCUAGCAAUAGCCAUGCAACAGCCGUCUUCCGUCGUCGGUCGAUACAUCGACAUGAUCCUCGCUACCGGAAUAAACAUACCAAGCGCAGCACAUACAAUGGUCUCGCAGUUGAGCAAGCCACAACCGAAUCAUUUACCCGAGAUCAUGCGAACGGAUCUAUAACGUUGUCCAGUUCCGAAGAGCUGGAGAUGCGCGAGACCGAAUGCCAGGAUGGUUCGACCGAGUACGGUCUGUAA